AAGUUCUUCUCUUACAAUAGGGCGUGUGGUAUCACGUCAACAGAGAAAUAAAUGGUGUUUCUAUUCAUUAAAGUCUAUAAAACGUGACUUUACCUGACAGACAUAGGAUUCAGCUAAUAUCUUCCUCGUUUAACAAAAGGAAUUAAUCCUGCUGCAUGGUUUCUGUCUUGUGUGGAGAUGGCACUGGAGGAAGGGGCUCGGAGCUGUCUACUGCGCUUUUGGUCCAAACUAGAGCAAGACAUCAAGCCCACUUACCUGAUGGACCACAUGAUCAGCGAUGGUGUCAUGACUGUGGAGGAGGAGGAGAAGAUCAGGACUCAGGCCACCAGGAAGGAUCAGGCUGUAGCUCUGCUUGAACUGCUGCUGAGGAAGGACAAUCGUUCCUACAUCUCUUUCUACAAUGCUCUGGUUAAAGAGUCAUACGAUGAUUUGGCCAGUCUGCUUCAUGAUGAUCUACCACGCCACUCAUUUGAUGGUUAUAAGGCGUCUUCUGACUCCUCUACAUCGUAUGUCCAGACUGUGCUUAGUGAAGGAGGAGUACCACAAAGACCACUAGUGUUUGUCAGCAGACCAGAGUUAGUGAAUCGGGUGAGGGAGAAACUUUAUCGCCUUCAGAAAGACCCUGGCUGGGUUACAGUGUUUGGCAUGGCUGGCUCGGGAAAGUCCGUCCUUGCCUCUGAGGCUGUCAGACACUAUGAACUCAUUGAAGAGUGUUUUCCUGGAGGGAUUCACUGGCUGUCCAUCGGCCAGCUGGACAAACCAGACCUGCUGGUGAAGAUUCAGUCAUUGUGUUUUCGUCUGGAGCAGAGCCUGGACUCACAGUCACUCCACCGGCCCCCCAGCUCUCUGGAUGAAGCCAAAGAACGUCUGCGCUUCCUCAUGCUGCGCAGAUAUCCGAGAUCUCUUCUGAUCCUUGAUGAUGUCUGGGAUAGCACAGUACUGAAGGUGUUUGAUAUCCACUGUCGCAUUCUUCUGACCACCAGAAACAGAAGCCUAGCAGAUUCUGUUAGCGGUGCUAAGUAUGAGGUGGAAGUAGAGAGUGGUCUGGAUGAGAACAAAGCACUGGAGAUUCUGGCUCUUUAUACCGAUAAGAAGCCCCAGGGACUACCCGGGGAGGCUCGCAGUAUAGUCAGAGAGUGUAAAGGUUCCCCUCUGGUGGUGUCCCUGAUCGGCGCUCUGCUCAAAGACAAACCUGACCGUUGGCUUUACUACCUCCGCCAGCUGCAGCAGAAGCAGUUCAAGCGCAUAAGGAAGUCUUCCUCCUACGAUUAUGAUGCCUUGGACCAGGCCAUGGCUGCCAGCAUUGAAGUCCUUCCCGUCGAGCAUCAAGAGCUCUACAAGGACUUUACUGUGAUCGAAAAGGACAUCAAGAUCCCUGCUACGGUGCUUUCUGUGUUGUGGGAUCUGGAGCCAGAGGAGGUGGAGGACAUCCUCCAGGAGUUUGUCAACAAGUCUCUGCUUUUUGUGGACAGUAACAACAAACCCUACCUGUACUACCUCCAUGACCUCCAGCUGGACUUCCUGGUGGAGCAGAAUCGAAAUCACCUCGAGAGUCUGCACGGUAAGGUGGUGCGUCAGUACCAGCAUCAUUACAGAGAUGGUCCUCCCAUCUCAGGAGACGAGGAGUGCCUGUACUGGAUCAGAUUUCUGACCUACCAUAUGGCCAAAGCUAACCUCUCUCAGGAGCUUUACUCCCUCAUGUUCUCAUUGGAUUGGGUCAGCAUCAAGGCCCAGAUCAUGGGUCCAGCCCACCUUAUCAAUGACUAUGUGGAGUAUGGAUCCAUUCUGGACAAAGAGAACUGUGAAGUCCGCAGUCAGUUCCAGGAGUUUCUGUCUCUGAAUGGCCACUAUCUGGAGCAGCGUCCAUUCCCCGAUGUUGUGCAGCUUGCUCUGUCUCAGCCGCAUGCCUCUGAGGUGUACAAGAAAGCUCGCCUGCAGGCGCUGCACCGGGCCAAAAGCGGGAAACUCUACUUUGAGUUGAUAAACGAGAGCAGUGUUGAGAGUUUGUCCCGUUUGGUGAUCCACCCUCAUCAGGGCUCCGUCUACUCGGCAUGCUUCUCCCAUGAUGGGACUAAAAUUGCCUCUUGUGGAGGCAGCAAGACACUCAAGGUGUUUAAAACCACCUCAGGUGAGAAACUCACAGAAAUCCAGGCCCAUGAUGAUGAAGUGCUGUGCUGUGCCUUCUCUUCUGAUGAUAGUCUCCUAGCAACCUGCUCCAGUGACAGGAAAGUCAAGGUCUGGAACGCAGAGCGAGGCAGGCUGCUGAGGGUGUUUGAAGAGGAGCACGAGGAGCAGGUCAACCACUGUGUGUUCACCAACACAACACGACGCCGCCUGCUAGCCACCUGCUCCAACGACAGGGGCCUAAAUGUCAAGCUUUGGAAUCUCAACAAGCCAUCCUCCCAGAACACCAUGUUUGGCCACUUUGAGCCAGUCAACCACUGCUGUUUCUCCCCUGAUGAUACAUACAUGUCCACUUCCUCCAACGAUGGCACAGUGAAGCUGUUUCAGGUAUCGAGUGCCAAUGAGUGGAAGACAAUCAACGUGAAGAGCUUGUUUACAGACAGCGAUGAUGAAGAGGUUUUCAUCAAGUGCAGCACCUGGACCGCCGACGGCAAACGCAUCAUAUGUGCAGCCAGAAAUGCGGUUUUAGUUUUUGACGUGGACACAUCAGACAUGUUGUUGGAGAUCAGGACCAACCGUCUGAGUACGGUGCAGUACUGUCACGCCUGUCCCACCAGCAACCUGCUGGCCAUAGCGUUCUCCAACUAUACAGUGGAGCUGUGGGAUCUGGAGGAGAAUCAGAAGAAGGCUGACUGCAGUGGCCACCUGAGCUGGGUCUAUCGUGUGCAGUUUUCUCCCGACGGCUCGCAGCUGCUGUCCUGCUCAGAUGACCAGACUGUCAGGCUAUGGGAGACCGAGAAGGUUCACACGUCCUCCGCCGUCUGCCUGAAGAGAGAUUCUGACGUUCUCUUCCAGGAUGAGAAAAUCGUCGUGUCGGCUGCAGACAACUGCAACAGGCUUCAGGUCCGUGAUGGUAAAACAGGGUCGGUGCUGUUCCAGUCGGAGGAGAAGUUGUCCAGGAUCCGGUGUACUUGCAUGUGCAGGGAGCCAUCUGUUGUGGGUUUUGGCCAAGAGGACGGCACAGUGCAGGUGUUGGAGGUGCCCUCUGGGAAGCUUCUGGCCACUCUGCUGGGACACACUAAGACUGUGCUUCACUGCCAGUUCAGCCAAAACGGCCACACACUCUUCACAUCCUCAGAGGACUCCACCAUUAGGGUGUGGAAGUGGAAGACUGGCGAGUGGAAAGUCCUUCAGGGUCACAAGGAACAAGUCAGAUGCUUCUCUCUUCUCUCCGUCUCACCAAAUGACACGAGACUGCUGUCCUGGUCCUUUGAUGGUACCGUGAAGGUGUGGGACACAGAGAGCGGGGAGAAGCUACAGGACAUCGAGGCUCAUCGAGGAGCCAUUCUGUCCUGCCACGUCUCACCAGACAGAUGUCUCUUUGCCACCACUUCUGCUGACAGAACUGCUAAGAUCUGGGACUGUGAGUCCUGGCAAUGUGUCCACACACUGAACGGUCACAAAGACUGCGUCCGGAGCUGCAGGUUCUCCUGGGACAGUCAAGGCCUCGCAACGGGAGAUGACAACGGAGAGAUCCGGCUCUGGAGCAUCCGUGAUGGAUCCUUACUGAAGAUUUGCUCCCCGGAUGGGAAGGAUGGCAUGGAUUCCCUCCACGGAGGCUGGGUGACCGAUCUUCACUUCUCCCCAGACGACUCUCUUCUGGUCUCAACUGGAGGCUAUAUUAAGUGGUGGGAUGUGGCGACAGGUGACGCCCUGCAGACCUUCUACCCAACAGGAAGCAGUCUGAAGAAGAUCCAUAUAUCCGCGGACUUCUCCACCUUCGUCACCAUUGACAGCAUCGGCAUCCUCUACAUCCUCCGGAGGAUUUACUGAAAAUGGAGGACAAAAACACAACAACCACUAUCCAGCAAAAUACUACAGUGUUUAACUGUGUAGCAUUAAGGGCAAGUUUACAUUUCUUCCUCCUUUUGCACUGAUGCAUACUCUAGUCAGCAACUCUAACACUUUAAUGACUGACUCAAGAAAUAAUACAAAAUUCAAUAUUUUACAUUUGAUCCUUAAACAAAACAAAAAAAAACUAAUUUACAUAUAUUUACUAUGUUAUAUGUCAGAAUUAAUGUGGUGCAAAAGGUGUGAAGCAGGGGGCAGAAAACAAGUAUUAAACUGUAUACAAACAGGGUUUUGAGCCAAGUUUUAACCACAUGGUGAUGCAAUAGGUCUCAGAAAUCUAUGUAUGUAUCUGAUACACAUUACAUCGAGCAUCACACUCACUACAACACCUUGAAAUUAAAAAUGGCUGCAGCAACUCUUCAAAGUGCAGAUUCUUAUCUUUAAACCUCAAGAAAGUGGAUGCAAAAUGUCUUUUUUUUUACAUAAAAUACAGUCGAAUGAAAUGCAUUAAAAUGCAACACUUAAAAAAGAAUGAUUAAUGAGUUCAUUAUCACAUUAAAGAUGUGGGAUCCUCGCAUUUUUUCAGAUUUAAAUAAUAAAUCUGGUUUUGGGAUUAAAUAUUAAAUGAGCUGUUUAAGCCAGUUUGUGUAUUCGUACAUGUAUUUUUCAUGUUUGCAUUUGACGGUAAAUGUUCUGCAUCUGGUGUGAACCUCAUCUUCUUGUCUUUUUGAGCCUUUUAUGUCCACUACAGCCUUAGUCUUAACAGGGAAUGACUGUAUGAGUAUGAGAGCAUGUUUUGUGUAAAUGGGUUGUGCCUUUUCAGUCCACCAGCUCACGUAGAACUUUUGGUGCAAUUUGAUGAGCAUUAAAAAUUCACGUUGUCAUGAAAUUAUAAUGACUUAAACAUUUGAAAUUGUACCCAAUCAAAGACUGCGGACUGUUUGCACUGCCAAAGUAUUUGUACUUUUGAACUUGGAUCAAAGGUAAAAUGUUUUUUACGAAAAAAGUAUGUGAUUUAUAAUUCAUAAUCAAAUUUCAACGUGUGCUUUAUCAAAUGCUUUAAAAAAAAUAUGUAUCAGUGUGUUGGCUCUAUAUCCCAUUUUUUAAUGCACAUUUAUAUCCUGUUUUCUUACUGAGCUGUUUCCUUGUUUGCAGCACGCUGGAGUUGAUGUCACUUUAAAUAAUCUUUUAUAUAAUGUGGCCGUUGAUGAACCGCUGUGCUUAUUCAUGUCUCUUUGACUAAGAGCCACACAAGCUGUAAUCUAUCAAACCUGCUCACUGCAGUGAGGAUGCGUUGAGCCCAGGUCCUGUAGAAGCCAUGGCUACAAGAACACUUCAUUAUUUAAGAAUAUAUUUUAAAAUUUAAGGAUAAUAUGGUUUCACGUUACCGUUCUUCCACGUUGGUGCUUUGAAAUUCAAUCAGUAAAUUUCCUUCUGGUCUGGAUAUCUCUGGGAAACAUUUGUAGGAAUAUUGAUGCAUGCUCUGGAUGUAUUUAGAGUUAUUAUAUAUUGUGGUGUGAGUGUAAUUUAUAAAAUGAUAUAACUACCUAUGCUGUCACGUUGUGUGCAUGUUCACAUUGCAACCUGUGAAACUUGGUUUAUAUUUUUGGCACUUGUGUUUACAGCUAUCACAAUAAUAAACUUUCACAUCCAGAAUGCUGUGCGGCAAAAUUGUCCAAAUUUGUAGUUCAAAAUUUUGUUCAUUUGAAUGUUUUUAGGUUAGCAGUGAAAGUGAAAGGUUGGACUUGAGAAAGAAAAGAAAUUAAAGUGUUGUGUCUUGCAAUCAAAUAAAUUCAACUAGACCUUUCUCCCAAAAUAGAUAAAUAUGUGCAUGUGGAACAGAUGUGUGAAUAAAGGGUGAAAAUAA